CUCCUUUUUCCAUCUCUUCAAUCUAUUUAUACUUUUUUUCACCUCCUUUGUAUUUAAACUAUUGACUCAAUGAACCGAACGAGAGGGAGAAGUAUCUCUCAAGCUCAAGACGAUGUGGUCCUGAAUAUUGAGUCACAUCUUGAUUUUGUGAAAAGAGUAUUAAAAUGGAGCAUAUCUGACCUUGAUCGUUUCAUUACUUUAUUACGUGCACGUAUCGCAGCCGAAGAAGCAUAUAGUUUAUCUCUUUCCAAAUUGACGCGAACCACUGAACCUACCGAAACGACUCCUUUGUUUGGUGAAAAACAACCCUCUUUUCUAUGUGCUACCUAUUACUAUGAACAAAGCAUUGAACAUACUAUUCAACAAAGAAAGGAACUUAUUCAAGGUAUACGACUAGAAGUUGAUAAAUUAGUUUUGGUCAAGGAAAAACAAGAAAGUAGACGGAAAAUAGUGAAACAAGUUCAAGGGGAAAAGAAUGCAAAUUAUACUGGUUAUCGAACUGGUGAAUUGGUCAAGCUCAAAAAGGCAUACUCCAAAAAGUGUAAUGAUCUUCAGGUAGCUCAACAACAAUUUGAACAGCAACAGCAGCAGCAGCAGCAGCAACAACAACAACAACAACAGCAACAGCAACAAUACCAACAUAGUUAUGAUGACACUAAUUUGAUCAAUGAUUACCUUCCACCUCAACAUACUCAUCGACGUUCCUUUGAAGAAUCAAAACGAUUGUCUACUGAUAGUCUUGAUAAUGAUGCUUCAUCUGUCCAUUCUUUGUCUCAUCAAGAUAGUGCUUAUAAGAAAGGUAUGGCGAACUUUAUGGCUUCUGUGGCUCAGGUUCGUACUCAAUUUGCAAACGUGGCACAAUCUGCUGGUAAUACUGACCUCAACAAGCAAAAUACCAAGUAUGCAAAAUUCAAAAAAGAAAUUAUGGACGCUGAUCAUGAAUAUAGAAAUGGUAUUCGACAAUUGGAAAGAUUACGAAAACAACAAGUUAGUGGAGCUAUACAAGCAAUGAAACAAUUGGAAAUUGCAAUCAUUGACAAGGCGGAAGUGACACAGUCUUGUCUAUGCGGUAUUCUUGAUAAGGAACGUUUUGUACUCUCCAAUGAAAUCAAGACAAACGAAUUAUGUCAACGUUACGCCAUUGAAAUCAAUGCUGAAAAAGAUUUCGCUGCAUUCAACAACCAAUACAAGAAAUUGCCAUUCCGAACUCCAGAGCCAUUAUGUUACGAAAACUACUAUCUUGGCCCAUGCAAAUAUAUUCUAUUUGGUGGAUCUUUAAUGGAAUAUCAUUCUGAACAUGAUCGAACUGUACCUUUACUUGUGACAAAGUGUGUGGAAGCUGUGGAUAAUAUGGGUUUACAGAAAGAAGGUAUCUAUCGGGUAUCAGGACGACAAAGUAACAUUGAAUCUUUGAAGCAUGCAUUUGAACAAGAUGAAGGAAUGGAAAUCGAUCGAAAGUACGAUGUAUUUACUAUUGCGACAGUACUCAAAAUUUAUUUACGCCAAUUGGAAGAACCUUUAUUGAAAAUUGAUAUGGCAACUCGGGUGAAAUAUACUGAAUUGAAGGAUAAGCAACGUCAAUUGAUGUAUUUACAAACUAUGUUAUCUGGCUUGGCAAGACCUCAUCGUGAUACUCUUCUUACAAUUAUUCGUCACCUGGCCAAGGUGAAUGCCAAUAGUCAUAUCAACAAGAUGAACCUACAAAACCUUAGUGUAAUAUUUACUCCUGCUAUCUUCCAUGACUUUAAUCAAGCUGAAAAUCCGGGUGAAUGGCAUACCGACACAGUAUUUGAAGAUUUGGUGACUUAUUAUGAUGCUCUAUUUGCUAAUGCAGAAAUUCAAUCAAGGGCAAAAGCUGGACCUCAACCUCCUAUUACUAUCAAAACCAAUCCAUCUGAUUACACAACUGCCCCUAAUUCCACUAAUCUUCUUUUGACUGCUCCUAUGGGUCCUCCUCCACAACCACCACAACAAACUCCAAUUUAUCAACAACAAAUAUCUCAACAGCAGGCAAAAUCAUCUUCUUCAUCAUUACCAUCCCAACAGCGAUCUUACAAGCCACAACAAUCAGAACAAAUAGCAUCAACAGUACCAUCAUCUUCUGAGAAAUCGCAACGAUCUGGUCAUGCAACGUAUAUACCAAAGUUACAAAUGCAAAACUUGACGAUACAGACGGAGAGUAAUCGAUGUGAAACUAGCGAUGAAAAAACGAUAGAAGAGGAUGAACAAUUGGAUGAAGAUCGACAAUUACGAUCACCUAUGGUAGAUGAACUUCGUGGUACAAAGAAAAUGGCACCACCUAGACAAGAUUCAUUACGUACGAUCAAAGAAGGAUCAUCUGGGCCAAUGACAGCAUCAUCAGCAAAUAGUAGCACUAGUAGUUUGGCAGCAGCAGUAAAUCAUACAGCUAAUAUGGUAGCGGCAGGUUCAUCAACAUCACCAUCAUCAUCCACUCCUCCUUACAGCACGGUCAACAACGGUUCGCGUGCGCAACCUGUUCCCCCUUCCGCCUCUUCCGCCUCUCAACAGCAUCACCACAUGCCUCAACCUGUUGUGAUCGCCUCUCAGCAACAUUUUCCUUCAAGUGCACAAAUUGUUCCUACUUCCUCUCCCAUGACCCCUGGACCAUCCGAUUCAACCAACUAGAUCCCUUAGUUAUAUAUACAUAUAUAUAUAUAUAUAUAUAUAACCAUCUUUUGUCUUACUCCUUUUUUCCCUUCAUCAUUGCUUCUUCUUUUUUUUCUUCUUCUUCUUUUUGGUUAUCAUACCUACUUUUAUAUACACAUAUAUAUAUUACUUUUGUCUUCAUUUUUCAUUUUCCCCCCUCACUUUUUUAUAUUGUCCCUUUUUAUAUUCAUAUAUAAUAAAUGUAAGAAAACUGUACCAAUUUUUUUUUGAUUCAUUAUAUAGUUUCUAUUUUUGAUUGGAUUAUUUUAGAUCGAUCAGUGUUGUCCAAAUUUAACAUGUCAUUGUUACAAAUAAAAG